GUCAACCCACUGUCAGCGGCACCGCGCGGAACCCCAGCCACCGUUUGCACAAUGCUGGCUCUCUUUGCGGUGUGUACGUUGGUCAUCGCACAAGCAGCCGCCCAGACGCCGACGACGCAAUCAGCAGCGACUACAGCGGCCAGCAGCAGCAGCAGCAGCACAACGACGGGCAAAUCACAGGUCUCUGAUGAAGCGCUGGAAAAGGCACUCAGCGACAAGCGGUACCUGAUGCGGCAGCUCAAGUGUGCCCUCGGCGAGGUGCCCUGCGAUCCGGUGGGGAAGCGGUUGAAAAUUCGAUUUAUUCGACAGCCCCGGCGCGAGCUGCACAUAAGGCGCAUUCACACCGCGAUCGAUCAAUUCGCCAUUAUAAUUGUCCUCUACCAGGGCCAUUGGUCCACCUUCGUGCGCGUAAUGUUCGCGUUGACAGCCCAAUCGGGCGGUCAGCAAGGGUGUUAA